UCGACAGGUAUUGUGGGAAAGUGGCAUUUAGGACUCCACAAGUCGUCAGGAUCCGAUUUCCAUUUCCACCCUUUGAAGCAAGGUUUUGAUUAUUUCUAUGGGCUGCCUCUCACUAACUUACGAACCUGUGAACCCGGCCAAUAUCUCAUAAACAUUGUUUACCCAGCCCUGAAACCGUUCAAUGUUCUUGCUUCUGGGGUAGUCAUUGGAGUAACAUUGUACAUCCUGUACCUGGCUGGUGUGCUUAACAAGAUUACCUUCCUGUCCUUGCUUACCCUCGUUAUUUUGAUCUCCUCUGCACAGGCCGGUUGGCUUUUAAUACUCUCCAGAUUAACGUGCAUUGUUUUGAAAGACUAUGAACUUGUAGAGCAACCUGUCCUUUUAGAAAACUUGACAGCAAGGUUUACAGAUGAAGCAGUAGGUUUUAUCCACAGAAACAAAGACAGUCCUUUUCUCCUGUACAUGUCGUUUGCCAAAGUUCACACCGCUUUGUUUACUACUAAGCCGUUUGUCAAUCACAGUGUUCAUGGUCGUUAUGGUGACAAUGUAGAGGAAAUGGAUUGGGGCGUGGGUCAGAUCAUGGCUGCUGUGGAGGAACUGGGACUGAGAAAGAACACGUUUGUGUAUUUCACAUCAGACAAUGGUCCGUACAUUGAAGAAGUUAGUGAUACUGGUGAAUACCAUGGUGGAUGGAGCGGAAUCUACAAGGGAGGGAAAGGACAGUGUUGGGAUGGUGGUGUCAGGAUGCCUACAAUAGCAUCAUGGCCAGGUCACAUUCCAGCUGGGAUCUCAAUUGAUCACACAGACCUUCCACAGGACAGAGUUAUUGACGGAAAAGAUCUCUUACCACUAUUGACCAACCAGACAGAGGAAUCUUCCCAUGAAUUUAUUUUCCAUUACUGUGGAAAUCAGGUCCAUGCUGUUCGUUAUCAUCCAAAGGACAGUGACAUUGUUUGGAAGGCACACUUUAUGACGGCUAAAUGGACUGAAGGAACUGAAAUGUGUAGUGGGCAUGGUAUUUGCGGCUGUCAUGGACAUCUUGUCGAAGUUCAAAAUCCACCUCUUCUCUACGAUAUGACAGAUGAUCCCGCAGAAAGUUCGCCACUUGCUUCAAACAGUCCAGAUUACAAGGCGGUUAUGGAAAAUAUUUACCCGGCUUUAAAAACACAUAUUAGAGGAAUUCAUAAUGUCCCUGGUCAGUUGGGUUAUAAAAAUAUGUUUUACCCAAGAUUACAAAUGUGUUGUAAUUUUCCUUACUGCAGUUGUAAGGAGAAAGACGGACAACUGGAACAUUUUCCUGAAAACGUAUGAGGCUUUAUUUUAGGUAAAUUGAAAAUAAUAGGUUAUUUAUCUGAUUUCAAGAGUUUUAUUAUUGGCGAAUGAAUCCAUCAUUUUGCGUUCAUUUUCAAAUGUUGUAUGUCUUGAUUUUAGAUGACAUGUAC